AUGCCAAAAGGAAGCGAUGAAUCAGACUUCAAAACUGACCGUGGUGCGCUUCCGUAUGAAAUCAUCACGCGCAUCCUGGCCGAUUUCUGGGGUCUAUUGGACAAUAAAGAUUCAACUUCUCCAUCUGCCCAACUCCUCGGUUUGCGAUUGGUUAGCAAAGCAUGGUCGACAGCUAUCAUAUCAACUUAUUUUGUGUAUAUCCACUUGCACCAUGCGAAGCGCGCAAAGACUCUUUUGGACAACUGGACUGAUGCUCUCUACGCGCCAGGUCUUCUGUGUCCCGUCAAGCGCCUUCGUAUUGAUAAUUUGUGGUAUGCGGAAGCAGGACUUGAAGCUGAGUGCGAUACCGAAGAAGUGUUGAUGGAUCAGGCCUUGAUCCUUGAUUUCACUUAUUCGAUGGGUGCCCCACCAUCUAUGGUCAAAGCUGUCAAAGCCCUCAAAGCUUUAAACGAAUUACAUAUCACGCAUCCUGGUUCGUGUAGUCGCACAAUUUGGGAACAUCCUGGCGGAGGUAGUUGCACAGAAGGGAUUUACGAUCUGAAAUCUUUGGGAAAAUUACUUUCCGCUGUCUCUCAAAUCAAAUCGUUGAAACUGGAACACAAUGAUCUCGAGGGCUUGAGAUUAAAACCCAAUGCGCUUCCUAACUUGAAACACUUCAGAUUUACUACUCAUCCCGAAAACAUCGAAGGGCUUACACACAUCUGUGAGACCGCAAAAAAUAGUUUGAAGUGUGUUCAAGUUUUCUCCGAUGGCCAUCAAGAAGAUAUCGAUCCCAUUUUCGAACCAAUCAAAGAUUCCCUCGAAGCUUGCUUUACCGCUUUUCUUGACCAGUUCUCACGUUCUGCUCUCGAGAUGGAGUUUCCAAAACUUCGUAUAUUGGGAACUCAGCAUCCUCCUCGUGGAGUUGGGUCAGGACUGAAUUGGCUAAACUGGCCAAUGCUUCAAAACGUUCGAACACUAUUUAUGCUUGAUUUUUUGACAAGGGAUUAUUGGAAAGGAAUUUUAAAAUCAGCUGAGGUUAACGCUUUUGAAAAGGUACCGAAUCUUAAACACAUCAUCCUGGCCAAUUCCAUUCGUAAGAUAGACCCUCAAAUCGUGGAGGCCUUCAAAUCGCGGGGGAUUCAGUGUCACUUCACGCCCAUGUUAUCGCCCGAGGAAGUCAUGGAAUGGGACUCUAAACUUCACAAUCCAUUGAACGGACCCGCAUAG